AUGGAUAACGAAACGGCAAUUCGACUUAUUGAAAUAUAUGGUUCAUUUAAUGCAUUAUGGGACACCAGGCGCAAAGAAUAUCAUAACAAUAAUUUAAGAGAAGACAUGUGGGAUGAAAUCGCAAAAAAUUUCGAGCAACCGAAAGCAGUUCUAAAAACCAAAAUGAAAAGUCUUUUAAGCUCAUACAGAAGGGAGAGAAACAGAGAAAAAACGAGUAACAUUACUGGUUCGGAUAGAAACAAGGCCUACAAGUCUAAAUGGUUUGCCUACGAAUCUUUCCACUUUUUGCAUGAUAGGGGUAAUCCUAUUGACACAGUGGAUUGUGGCUCAUCGUCGCAGUCACAUAAUACAGAACAAGGAGCUACAGAACAAGGCGCUACAGAACAAGGCGCUACAGAACAAAGCGCUACAGAACAAGGCACUUCAGAACAAGGCGCUACAGAACAAAGCGCUACAGAACAAGGCACUUCAGAACUAAAUAUGACUAACAUGAAUACUGCAUCUACGAUUCCAACUAAAAGGAAGCCAACAAAGAGAACACACGAAGAUCCGGAGUAUGAUGCCGAGAAUAAAAUGUUAGAAGAUGCAUUGGAAGAAAUGCGAAAACAAAGCGAUAACAGCAACGAUUUAUACGUUGCUUUUGGCAUGCACGUAGCGGCAGAGUUGAGAAAAUACGAUCCCAUAACCUUAGCAAGAGUAAAACAUUCCAUAAAUACUAUAAUAUUUGACGCUGAUAUGGCAUGUAUAAACCAACUCAAUCAGUCUACAAUUCAAGAAAACGAUGAAAGAAGACCAGGUUAUUUUACUACACGUUAUACCGAUAUCUCCAAUACGGCAUCCUCUAGUGACUCUAGUAUGGGAUCCGGACUUACACAAUUGAUUAACGAUUUGAAUACUGAGAAUAGUUUA